AUGGCAUCCUCCCCUCCGUCGGACCUAGGGUUGGAUAGCAAGCUCGGCGCCGCCUUUCUAGGCAACACUGCUGCAGCAAUAUUCUACGGAAUAACGAGCGUCCAGACGUAUAUAUUUUUCAGAAGUAGCGAAAAGGAUAGACGGACUUUCAAGGCUCUCAUUUUCUUUCUAUGGACCCUUGACACACUCCAUCUCGCGCUCGUCACGCACGCUCUUUAUUUCUACAUGAUAACCAAUUUCGCCAAUCCUGAAGCUGUGGUGGUGCCUUCGUGGAGUAUUCUGGCACAAGUCUAUGUCACUUGCAUCAGUGAUCUGAUUGUCCGCGGAGUCUUUGCCCGCCGAGUAUGGCUCUUAAGCGGGAAGAAGUACUUCGUAGUCAUCCUGAUCGCCGUAUUUUCUCUACUUACGGCAAUCGUUGGUUUUGUCUUUGCAUCCAAAGCAUUCGAACUGGGAUCGUUCCUAGCAUUUCAGUCAAUAUCGUGGAUGAUGUACACUGCUUUGUCUUCGGGCGUUGCAGCUGACGUCGUAAUCGCCGUCUCGCUUGUCAUUUCCCUUCUGAGAUCUCGCACUGGAUUCAAGAGAACGGACUCGCUCGUAAACACACUGAUGCUUUACACGAUUAACACAGGACUCUUCACGACUUUAUGCACCGGCCUGUGUUUCAUCACCUACGCUAUUUGGCCGGCAGAACUCAUCUUCAUGGGCUUUUAUUUCUGCCUAUCGGCACUAUACCUCAACGCGCUCCUAGCAACUUUGAAUGCGCGGAGCUCACUUCGCGACAAGCAACACGGAGUAUCCACCGUACCUUUAGAGUUGAACACGUGGAAUACCGGUAGUGUUGUAUCCAAGUAUCCAUCCCACAUCGUUCCUUCGCACGACGAGAACUCUCGUCAUACUAGCAAUUUGCCGCGCCAGCUGAUAAUCACCGUGGACCAGAAGAUUGAGACCACUCGUUGA